CACUGCUCGAGCCCUGUGCCGGAGGAGAAGACUCAUCAUUUCACACACCAUGACCCAACUGAAGCUGCUGCGCUGCUACUGCCUGGUUGUGCUCGCGCUCAGCGUUAGUCGCGGCAGCCCCGCGAGCGGGAGGUGCGUGGAGGAGACGCUUUGCUCGAGGAGCCUGGAGGAGUUCCACUACAAGCUAGCCAACAUGCCCAAGAACCUCAACCAGAGGAGCAUCGCCGCCUGGGUUUAUGAGCCCAACACCGACCUAAACAGGGUUCCUCAGGUCAUCCACGAAGCCAAGUGCCUCUCCAGCCACUCCUGCGGGGACGUGGAGAGCCCCUUCGGCCUGGAGACUAUCCCCAUCUCUGUCCGGAUGCCAGUGCUGCGGAAGAGUCACGGCUGCCCCACCUACUCGUUGGAGUACCAGAGCGUGGCUAUCGCCUGCAUAUGCGCCACGCCCAGGCGCUUCUGACCCGCAGCUGGCAGCGCCCGGCGGGUAAACCCAUCACCUCAUCACGGGCUCAGUUCGCUGUGCCUGCUGGGUAAACCCAUCGCCUCAUCACGGGCUCAGUUCGCUGUGCCUGCUGGGUAAACCCAUCGCCUCAUCACGGGCUCAGUUGAAAUACGACUGUUGCUUUACGGUAUAUGUUUAUGACGUGUUACAUGUUAAAUACGACUGCCGCUUUACAGUAUAUGUUUAUGGCGUGUUACAUGUUAAAUAUGACUGGCGCUUUAUAUGUUCAUGGGGUAUUAUAUGUUCUGUUGUUGAAAAGGCACGUUAAAGGUUUCAUGACGAAACAAAAAUAAAUAAAUCUGUGGUGCGUGUUGCAGCACUAGGGUUGCCACCCGGAUAAUGUCUGUGGUGCGUGUUGCAGCAGUCGGGUUGCCACCCGGAUCAUGGCUUAUGUAUGGCUUAUGUUUUUCAAAAGAUGCAUCAUGAAACUAAACACAAAAUAAAAAUGUUCAUAUAUUUUUUGUUAUUUCAGGCUGCAUCUAUUGAAAUAUACAUAUAAGCCUAGCUACUGAACGCACUCUUAUACUUGCACUAAAUAAGGAGUUGAACACACCUGACUAAUCAGAAACACCUGUGAAGCCAUUUGUCCCAAACAUUAUAGUGUCCUGAAAUGGGGGGCUAAAUGUAUAAAAAGCGCUGUUAUUUCUACAUGGUGAACCUAAAAUGUAUUAAAAUACUUGUUAAUAAAUGCUGAGAUCUGCAGUUUAACCACAUAUGAAUUGUUUGAUUACAAUUUUAAAAUUGUGGCAAACAGAGUCAAAUCAAGAAAAAAAAGGCUUUGUCCCAAACUUUAUGGAGCUCACUGUAUACUGUUGUUCAUAUAAUGUUUAAUUUCCUGUGUGCGUUUGUGUAUGCAUAUAUGUGUGUGUGUGUGUGUGUGUGUGUGUGUGUGUGCACGCGCAUCUCAACAUUGUGCAGUAAAUUAAUGUUCCCUACUGCUUCUCUUGUUGCUUAGUAGAAGGUAUCCCAGUCUGGACUGAAUGGUUUAGAAAAUGGAUGAAUGAAAUGUUCACAGUAUGAUAAAGUCAGUAGUUAAGAUCUGUGCAAACUAUCUAGUGUUAUGUGAAACAACUUUAUUUUAUGUGAAAGUUUUAAAAUAGUCAUGAUAUUGUUGUGAUUUGCUGCAAAAUUACAAAAACUACUGAAUAAAAAAUAUUGUGCUACUUUGAA